ACGAUAUGUGCUGAAAUAUUCGCAGCAGGAAUGUGGCACUCGGACUACUCCGGCGAACUCAGCGGCCUUGUGGGACACUCGCAGCAAGCGCGGCACCAGCGGCAGCACCAGCAGUGUCACAGCAGCCUCGCGGCGGCGGGACUCAGCAACCUGGCGGCGCAGUGGCCGAGCUAUCUCCAAAGGGUGCAGAGGAAGCGCGCGGCUGACGCUGCUGCAGUGCCUGCGGCCGUGAGCAGUCGUUCGUCGUGGGCUGCGUUGUGCGAGCGCCUCGUCCGUAAGCAGCAGCCGCAGCCGGAGCUGCAGCAGGGCCUCGGGCCUUUGGGGGCGCCGCCGGCCGAGCGGGCACCGGGCGCCAUACCGAGGGGCGCUUCAGCUGCUGCUGGCGGCACGCGGCAGCAGCAGCCGGCUGCAGCGGCAGAGCAGCUUGGCGAGGAGCCCUUGGUGGCGGACCCCCUGGCGGCGGCGGCGGCGGCUGCCCAACCUGGCAGCGGCGGCGUGCCCAGUGUGGCAUUGCCGCCGCUGCCUCUGUCGCUGCCGCACGCCGCUGUCGCUCAGGCCGCAGCUGGCGCCUCCUCGGAAUGGGCGCCGGCGAAGCCGCAGGCAGCGCAGCACACCGCCGGCUCGGGGGCACAUGCGGCGGGGAGCCAGAAAUGUGCGUGCGGCGGUGGCGGGAAGGCAGGUCAGCAGCCCGCCGCGCCUGUGAGCUCGCCGCAGCCGCUGCUGCCGCCGACCCUGGUAGCCCAGGCGGCGGCGGUGGAGACACGGAGUGCUGCGGAUGCCACAUCCGCCGGCGCCGCCGCUACCACAGCUGCAGCGGCCGUAGUGGCUUGUGCCCCUGACAUCGCCCCCGUCGCCCCUGCCGCCGCCGCCAUCGCCGCCGCUGCUGCCCAGACCCAACAACCGCAGGCGCCCCUCCAGCCGCCGGCAGCAGCACGUCAGCAGCAGGGUGUUGAAGAGGACAGGGAGGAGGAAGAGGACCGGGAGGAGGAAGAGCAGGAGCCCGGCAGCGUGCUGAAGCUGCCGGCACCUAAGUCGCUGGAUGAGCUCAAGCAGGUGUUGCAGCAGCACGCCAGCACGCCAGCCCCACGCCCGCACCUGGAGGGCGCUAAGUACCUGGCGCCCUCACGUGGCUGCGCCUGUGAGCCUGCCGAGUGUGUGCCGGCGGAGCCGCAGGUGGUGGUGGUGGCGCAGGUCGCGCAGGUGGCGCAGGUGGCGCAGGAGCCGCAGGUGGGCUGCUGCUGCCAAUCACCGGGAACGCCAGGCAGCAGCGCGCGCUGCGCUCGCAAGCUUGCAGCUGCAGCCGGCGCGGAGUUGCAGCCAUCGCCGGCGCAACAACAGCACAAGGAAACAAAGAACGCGCCACAGCACAGCAACCGAAGCGGCGGCAGUAGGUCUGCUGCAGCAGGUGCUGCUGGGGGACACAGCGGCGGCGGCGGCGGCGGUGCUCGUCGUCGUAAUGGAGCCGUGAAGCGGAAGCGAGGACCGCCGGCAGCGGCGGCAGGCGGCGACCCACAGCAGCCCGCUGCCCAGCGGCGCCGCCUGACAGGGGUCCCGACAUGCUCGGCAAACGCGUAUGGUGCGGGAAAGCCGCGCUCAUUUGUUGCUGCAGGUGCCGCAGGGGACGGCGGGGACGGGUCUGCGGCCGCCGCUGCGGGUGACCCAGAUGGGGCCGUCAUGCUGGUGCCGCCUGCCACGCCCAGCCUGGCCGCGGCGGCGCGGCCGCGGCCGCUCCUGCUGCCGUCAUCACCGGCAGGAAAGGCGGGGUGGGAGCAGCAGCAACGGCCUCAGCAGCAACGGGGCAGCCACGGACGCAGCAUGGGUGGCGCAGCUGGUGGUGGCCAGCGGCCGGAUGUGGGCGCAGGCACCGCCGCCGGCACGGCGCCUCCACUGCAAUCGCCGCCGCCGCCACUGCUGCCGCCUGUGCCUGCUAGCCCUGGCGGCUCCGCCCGGCUGGACCCCAAAAGCCUGACGGCGCUGCUGCGCUCGCCCGACAUCACAUCGGCUGAGCUGGUGUCUCAGCUCCCGGGGCCAAACACGUGCAUGGAGCCGGCGGCGGCGGCGCUGCAGGCGGGCGGCGGGCACGGCCCCGAGCAGCAGGUCGCGUUGACGGAGGCGGCGUGCCGGCGGCUGGAGCGGGUGGUGGCGGCGCCGGGCGCCGCAGGCGGCGACAGCAGCGACGCCGCGGUGGGGAUGGCGCUGGCCCGCCGCCUCCUGCGCCUCAUGACGCUGGGACCAGACACCGGGCCGGACACCGCGGAGGCGCUGUGGGGCAACCGCUUCCCCGACCUGCUCCCCGCUGCCGGCCUGCAUGCACUUCAGACCGGCACCACGCAGCAAUCGGAGGCUCAGGCGCUGCUGCUGGCCUGCCUGCAGGCGGUGCAGGACCUGUGCGGCGACGCCGGCGGCCGCGACCGGCUGGGGGCGCGGUUCGUGCCGCUGGCGCUCGCCGUCCUCUCGCACAUGAGCGGUUCGGUUUGCGCCUACUCGCUCCGCCUGCGGCGCGCCGCCGCCUCCACGCUCCUUGACCUGGUGACGGAGUCCCGGGGCAGCCAACUUGCGCUGUUCGACGCAGCUGCCGCGUCCAGCGCCAGUACCGGCAUGACUGAGGGAGCGGCGGGGGACGCGGCGGCGGCCGCCGCGGACGCGGCGGCUAGUAUGGCGAAGCAUGCGGACCGCGUGUUUCGGGAGCUGCUGCCCGCGGCCGCCGACUACCCGACACAGCUCGACCUGCUUGAGGCGCUGUACCGGGCGUGCUGCGGCGGCACCCGCAGCGCCGCCGCGCGCGAGCGGCAGUCCGCCGCCGCCAGCAGCCGCGAGCGGUUGGUUGCGGCCGGCGAGCGGGUGCUGCGGCGCUACCUGCCGCCAGAGGCCGCCGCCUGCAUGGCCGGCCUUGUGAGCAAACGCAAGCGGGUCAAGGAGGAAGACCUGGCGGCAAGGCUGCGGCGUGUGCUGGGCCUGGUGAACCAGGCGCAAGGGGAGCGGGCCAGCGUGUUCUCCUACCACGCCGACGAGGUGAUGCUGGCUGGCGCGCCGGCGGGUCUGCGGUUCGCCGAGCGCUGGGUGGACGUGGCGGUGGUGGAUAGCGGGAGCUGGACCCAGUCGCGCAAUGACGACCACGGCGGCGGCGCGACCGGCGGCCCCAGCAGUGGUGGCGGCGGCUCUGGCCCUAGCGGCCCCAGCAGUGGUGGCGGCGGCUCUGGCCCUACAGGUCCCAGCGGCCACCUCACGCUCAGGGCGCAGGUGCGGAAUGCGGAGUUGCCCAAGGACGAGCAGCCGGCGCCGGAGCCGCUGACCAUUCCCUUUGAUGACAUCGUGGCAGUGACCGUGUCCCCACCAUCGGAGCGCCGGCCUGCUGGAAAGGCCGGCAAAGCAGGCGCCAGCGCCGUUGCGGCGGCGGCGGGGGACGGCGCCGCCGCCGCCACCACCACCAGCACCACCGUCACCAUCAUUGCGCCGGCGCCACUGUGCUAUGUGUUGAUUACGCUGUCUCGCCUGCCCGAGGGCCUGGAGGGCGCGGCCGCCGCUGACACGGACUGGCCAGCAGCUGCUAGCGGCGGCGGCAGCGGGUGGCGGCACGCACCUGUGCUGCGGCUGAAGCUCGCCCACGAGGACGCGCGGGCCCUGCUGCGGCGCCUGCCCCAGGAGACGGUGCGGGCUGACAGCGCCGGAGCCGGCUCGCCGGGCCCCGGCGAGCGCCGCCGCGGAACGCGUCAUGAUGCCACCGCUGCGCGCGCACAGCUGCCGGCGGUGCCCCCACCUCCCACAGCACCGACCGCUGCCGCAGCCGCAGGAACAUCAACGGACGCCGCCGCUGACGUGUCAUUACCGCAGCCGCUGAUGCUGGCGGCAGUGGUGCCAAUGGCCAUCACACCGCCGGCCACACCGGCCGCCGCCGCCACACUGGUCGCCAUACCGGUCGUCACUAUGGCUGCCACACCAGCAACUUUUACACCAGCAGCCGCCACACCAGCCCCACCACUGCAGCAGGUAGCAGCAGUGCCCAGGGCGCCAGGCCGGCGCAGGCAAGGCGGCGCCGAUGGGACAGCCGCUCAUGGGGAGGAGCAGCAGUCACAGCAGCUCCCCAGCAGCAGCAGCAGCAGCAGCAGCAGUGGUGGCGCUGCGGUGGGCAGCUGCGGACGGCCUGCUGAGAACCACCCGCCGCCCGCCGCGGGUGGUGGUGCGGCGGGCGGCCCCUGCAGCCGGCCACCUGCAGCAGCAGGGGCUGGGGCGGAGGCUGGCGACGCGGUGGCGGUGGGUUCGGGGCCAGGUACUUUUCGCCGCGCCGGCAAGCCACGGCGGGCGCACUGCCGCCGCAAGCAGCCGCGGCCGCGGCGCUACCUGGUUGAUGCCCACGUGCUUGUGGCACCGGGGCUGGUGCAACAACCGCAGCUGCAGCAGCUGCCGCCACCACAACAGAUGCCGCCGGCACCGCCGCCACUGCAGCCGCCGCCGCCGCCGCCGCCGCCGCCGCCACCGCCUCAGGUAGUACCGCUGGCGCCGCAGCCGCAGCAGCUGCAACAGACGUAUAGCGCCAACGGACCAGAGCCGUCACUGCAGCACGCGGCAGCUGCGGUCGCGUUGUUCGUUGGACACGCCGAUGCCGCCCGCGAGGUGCUCCAGCAGGUAGGCAUGGGCGGCAGUGACAGCGACACAAGCAGCGGCGGCGCCCCGGCCCUGGGGUGCAUGCUGUUGGCGACCACAGCGCAGUCGCGUUGGCACGGCGGGAUCGAGCCCAGCAGUAGCCGGGUGUAGGCAGCCGCGGGCACUCCGCGGCAACCCGGGCAGCUGCAGCUUGCUUCAGCGCCCGGGGAGGCAGCGGGCGGGGCUGUUACACAGGCAGCUGACGGCGAUGACAAUGCUUGACCGGCAGGGCCGCCGAUGCCUGUGGCGGCCACAGCACGGCCGCCGGAGCGCGGCCCUCACAGCCUGCUCACGCACCAGGACGGAGCCGGUCUCGGCGGCGGCGGCAGCUGCAGGCCGUCCAGCAGGCCUGCUGAAUCGUCUCCGAGCUCGCCGCCACUCCAAACGGUGGCACAAGGGUGGUAGGCGGUGGCGGCCGCAAUGCCCAGGGCGGCGGCACUAGCUGCCCGAUGCGGGCGAGGGCGGGAGUGCGCCCAGCAGAGGCCACAGGGGAUGCAGGCUUGUCAGCGGCAGCCAAUGCUGGUGCUAGGGUGGCAGAGCUCGUGGAGGCGGAGGCACGCGCCGCUGAUGCCUGAGUGCUUGCCGGGCCCGGCCCAUGGCGAAGGCGCAAGCGCACAGCUGGCGGUGCGGUUGACGGCAGCGGAGGCGCAGGCUGAGGAGGCGGGGUAAGCAGCAGCUGCGUUGCGCGGGGAGCCGCAACCCCUGCGGCCCACCCGCCUGCACCCCAGCUUUCGCGGACUCGCUCAGGAUUCGGUGCUGGUCCUGCCGAUGGGGUGUUGAAAGCCUGAUCCGGGUCGGCACCCAGCCUGGGGACUCAAGUUUCGCCUCGAGCUGGGCACGGCGGCGGACUCCUUUCGCAAUGCGGCAGCGCCUUCGUAGGGGUCGUAUCUUGUGCCGCGCCGGCCCUACGGGUCUCUCGAGCGUUUGACCUGAAUUUGGCUGUAUGUUCGCUGAAGUCGAACGGCGAAACAAUCAGCAUAUUCUAGCCUCGUUGCGCUUGCCGUAUGACGCUGCUUCCCCGUCUCCCUCGCCGUGAGAGGUUGUGAGUGGUUGGUGGCUUUGUGUGUGGGCAGGAUGCACGUGUGGGCGACCGUUCUAGUGCCUGGACGCUUGCGCCCUGGUUAGUGCAUGCGCUGUGCGUGUGUGCUGCGGCCUGGACGUUCCCCGGCACUCCUGUGCCUAGGCUUGUGGCGUUGAGGCACAGCGGUGGGGCUCUGGCGGGUUGAGGCUUGGCUAGGACUCGCUGUGCGCGGGAGGGUUUGCAGCAAAGUCGGGGUUGGUCGAGUCAAGUUGGGCCCUGAUAGCAUGUGAUGGCUCGGCGUCUUCGGGUGCUGGGACUGUCCCCUCUGUAACAUCCGCAUUCUUUCCGCCGAAAUAUAUAUCAGUAGCUCAACUUCCGUGCGGAGCGCGCAAGCGCAAGCGCGCGCGGGGGAGGGCAAAGGCAGGGGGUGAGCGACACGAGUAAGGCACGCGGCGUGCGGCUCAUCUUGAUCGCGGUUUGAGAUGGUCGGCUGCAGACAAGAGAUCCUUCACCACGCAUGCGUACAAAUGAUCUUGCUCCGCUCCAGCCACACACUCGUACGUCAUGUUCAUCGUGACGCCACGCCAUACAGCCACCUUACUUGCCUAGGCAGUUGGCAGGCAACUGCCUCCUCUGCCCGUCCCUUUCCACAAACAAGUCGACAAAGCUCCAAAUAUCAAAGGAGGCAGCGAACCAGGGGAGGGGCUUGAUAGCAGUACCGCGGGGCAAAGAGCUAGGGCCCCCCUGCGGCACGACCUGGCGGCAGUCACGGCCGCCGCCCACAAAUGUCUGCCCCGCCCUACGCUGCCCUACGGGCGCCCACAGUGUAACAUGGUGCAUGGAGUGCGGCAGCAGGUUCGAGAGGAAGGCCAGGAGGAGAUCUGACGAGGGCCAAGCGCUGAAGAUCUAGCUAUGUGAAUUGCGGAGUGGGUGUGGUGGUGUGGGCGCCUGCGGGAGUGCAGCUGUAGGUGGAUGACUUGGCGCAGUAGUUGCAAGAGUACGGUAUGGAACAUGGCCAAGGCAUUGAAGUAACGGCAAAUGCACUCUUAACAGGGUGGCUGUGGCGGCCGUUAUUUUGGGUACUGUGGCUGCAUCCGUGCAUGGGCUAUGUGGGCUGUUGUAAGCCCUUUGCGGU